AUGUCUGCAUCCACAAAUAUAGUCUGGCGCAACUCUGGCGUUUCAGAAGAGCAGAUGCAUCAACUUUCAAAUUUGCGCAAAAUACAGAAGAGAAAAAGAAGGUCUUUGGAUGAACCGCAGAUAGCAGUCCAGAGACUGUCGGUCUCAAAGCCAAACCACCCUCUCCCUUCCCAGCAUCAAGCGUCCUUUCAGCCUGGGCCUAAGUUAAAAAGAACCAAAACACCCAAGAUUUAUGGCCUGGCGCUCCCGGUGAAUAGAUUGAUUGAAACAUUGGACAAAGAAUCGCUACUGGCGUUGCUCCAGCAAAUCGUUAAUCAUCAUCCCGAGGUCACGACAACCAUCACCAGAGUCGCUCCCAAGGCCACUUUGGAAGACUCGGUGGUUUUGAUGAAGGAGAAGUUUCAUAGCAUUAUUGAACAUUUGCCAUACAAAUGUGAUAUCGAAAGCGACUAUUCAUACAUUAGAGUGAAGGCGCAUCUUACAGAGUUUUUGAACUGCCUCUCUGAUUUCAUUUUGACCUUGCUCCCACCUAUGGAUGCGGGCUUGGCCAACGCAUGUGCCAUGCUAGAUGUUAUCACUAACAUGAUUCAUGACUUACCCAACUUCACCAACAACGAAUUCCAAUAUACCAAGUCCACUGCAUACGAACAGAUAGCUAAUCUGUGGCUCAUAAUCUUCACCAGUCAGGCGAGCCGAGAUGACGAUAGCGAUGCUGUUUGUGAUGAUUUAAGUUCGCUCAAUAUGGAGAGAAUUUUUGAGUUUGUGAAGACGUUGAGAGAGCAUGAUAUCCAGAAAAAGAUAGAGAAGCAUAAUGAGAUUACCCUUGGGAAGUUUACCGCUGUGUUGGACCUCCUCAAGUCUGAGCUUGAGGCUUAUGAAAAGGUCAGCCACUCAUUGAACAACAACGGUAGAUCCUUAUUAAGUGAUAUGAUAUCCGUCGACUACUCCAACUACUCAAUUUCCGCAAGGACGAGUCACUAG